ACAUAUAUACUUUUUAGUAAAAUACAUCAUUUAUAACGGCUAAAAAUAGGAACCAACAAUACAAGAAGUUAGGAAGGAUCAAAUACUUGUGUGAGAUUUCAAGGAGAUCAGUUACUGGAGAAUCUCCUCAGAUUCAUAAAAAGCUUUUAUUUGCAGAGAGAGAGAUGAUCAGAAGGCAGAAGAAGACGGCCAAGGUGGUUACAGGGGUAAUGGGACUCUGCAUCCUUGCUUACAUUGCAGUACCGUCUUUGCAUUGGCAUCUCAACGAGACCAUUGAAGACUCUCUACAUUCCUCUUGUCCUCCUUGUGUAUGUGACUGUUCUUCUCAGCCUCUCCUCUCCAUCCCUGACGGAUUGAGCAAUCAUAGCUUCUUGGAUUGUAUGAGACGUGAGGAAGGGAGUGAAGAGAGCGAGAGUAGUUUCACAGAGAUGGUAGCUGAAGAGCUGAAGCUAAGAGAAGCACAAGCUCAAGAAGACAAAUGGCGUGCAGACAGGUUGCUGCUAGAUGCUAAGAAAGCAGCAUCUCAGUAUCAGAAAGAAGCUGAUAAGUGCAGCAUGGGGAUGGAGACGUGUGAGCUAGCAAGAGAGAAAUCAGAGGCGACUCUAGACGAACAGAGAAGACUGUCUUACAUGUGGGAGCUUCGAGCUCGGCAAAAUGGAUGGAAAGAAGUAACCAACGUUGUUGUUUCCUCUGAUAAUCUAUAAAGAAUCAGUCAAAUCUUUUAUUGUUUCCAACAUAUCUGAAACUCUUCAAUAGAGAUAUUGAGUUAGGACAAGGUGAAAUGUUUGUCUACUUUGUAGUGACCUUGACAUUAGUCUUGUCUAGGAUAACGUUGAGGAUCUUCCCAGGUACAUAGAUCCUCUUCUUGAUCGAUUGUCCGUCUAGAUAUUUCUCAAGUUUCUUGUCCUGUGAA